GUAGUGCUUGUCUGGGUUUGAACCCGAAAUUAUCGGUUAAGCACGUCCUAACCACUGGGCCAUCUCGGCUCUCAAACUUCAUUAAAUGAUGAAUAUGAAUAUGAAAUUAUUCUAACAAAUUUCAGCCACAGCGGCCAAUCUUAACACCGUUACCAAUUGCACAGGAUAAAUUAUAGUGCAAAAAUGUGUGUGCAAAAACCAGUGCACUAUCAGCUAAAUUCGCAGUCCAAUCCAAACGACUUCAGACUUUUACUGAAUUUCUUGAUGGUAGAACCAAAUAACUAUUAACCCCGGACUCUUAUCUUAAGUUUUGUUCUAGUCCAACGAGGCACUUAUUACUAUUUUUUACAUCUACAUUAAAGACUUAGACAGAAUAUAUUUCAAUUUAAUGUAUUUCUUAAGACUAUUAUCAGUUAUAAUUAAAAUUACAAGUAUAUAUUUGUUACAAAUAUAUUUUUUAUUAUGAAUGUGUGUUGUUAUAUGAAAAUGAUUUUAGUCCACCCUGUAGAGUUAACUGUUUUCACGAAAAGCUAGUAAGCGUAAAUAGUGUCACCCUCGCGCUGUUCGGUUUGCUGGACGUCUGUUCAGAAAUAAAAAAAGACACAAAAAAUGAUACCCAAUAACAGUAUAGAAGAAAACAAUACUUAUUCGUCGUACGGAAUUGGUUUGUCGUUCUAUGACGAAAAAAUAACUUAUGAAGAAAAAGAUUUAAUUAAAAUUUUACUUAGCGUUUUCCUCGCAACCACGAUGGUAAUUAGUUUGUUAGGAAAUGUUUGCAUAUGUGCGGUGAUUGCUCGCGAUAAGAGUAUGAGAACUCCAACCAACUUCUACCUCCUCAACCUUGCGAUUACAGAUCUCACGAUAACCGUCUUUGUCCCCGUUGAAAUAUACAUAAUUUGGGUACCAGAUUUUUAUCCAUUGGGAAAGGAAGGAUGUCGAAUACAUUUCCUUCUAUGGGAUAUGGGAAGUAAUUGCAGUGUUCUGACAAUAACAGCGAUAACGAUCGAGCGUUAUCUGGUCAUCUCGAAACCGUUUCUACGACAAAGACUCGUCUUAAACUCGCGCGUCUUGAGGAUAGUCACUGUUAUCUGGAUGGUUUCGUGUUUUUUCUCAUUCCCAAGUGUACUCUUUGUUUAUUUUGUUGAAAGAAAACAAAAUGUUUAUUGUUUUUUCACUGUUUCCGAUAAGGAUAAAGCUUAUCUAGUGGCUGCGGAGUUGUUAGUUUUCUUCGUACUACCAAUGACAGUGAUAUCCGUUCUCUAUCUGAUGAUGGCGCUAAAGCUGAAGUCUACCAAAUCGAAGUCCAGACCUAACCCAGUCUCCGGAAAGAAAAAUAGAGACAAAGCCGUCAAAAUGUUGGCUGCGGUGGCUGCUUCGUUUUUUAUUUGUUGGUCGCCAUAUGCAAUUUUACGUCUCAUGAUAGUAAUUCCAAAUAUGAAAUAUGAAAAUCAUCACACCCUAUGGCGUGUAGUGAUAUACCUGAGCUCUAUAAACAGUUACCUGUCAACAGCAGUCAAUCCUAUACUGUAUACACUUAUGUCACAAAAAUUUGGACAAGCUUUUAAGGAUUUUCUGAAGGGAAGAAAGAUAUCAAACCAAACUGGAGCAAACGGACACCUUAAAGCUCAAAGAGAUGGUUCGAAAAUAAACACUACAUCUAUAUGAUUUUCACCACAAAAAAAAACUGUGAAUAAUCUUUAAAAAGAUAUAAUAAAUUGAACUAACAUAACAUAUUGUCUAACAUAUUGUCAAACUAACAUGCCACCAAUCACUACAACAAUAAUUAUCCUUUUAUAACUAAAUUCUUAAAGUCUUUUCUAUAGACCUUUUCCCAAAUACUUCUUUCUUUAGUCUUUAUUUGUAAAUUGAUCCGGCUCAUGUUCAUCAUUCUCAUUGAAUAUAUCUGAACAGAAUACUCUUAAAUGAUAUACCUAUCUACCUCUUGAAUAAAUCUGUUUGUGAAAACGGAGUGUAAAUUCCCAUAGCAGCGCCUACGAUUAGCGCGAAACCAGACAGAUGUGGCGGAGACUUUAAUGUAUAAUACGAUUGAU